AUGGUUGGUGUAUUAGCUGAAUACUGUGAAUAUAAACUUGGUGUUUUAAUUGCACUAUCUACAGGUAGUUUCACCUUAAAAACAAUAGAAAAAGCUAGAAAGUCCAAAUAUAAUAUUAUCUUAACAGAUAUAGAACAUAUUUAUUCGGACUUAGUUCAAUUUGUUAAUUCUCUACCUGAGUGUCAACAAAUCAAAAGCUUUGACAAUAAUAUUAGAUUACGACGUAAGGCAGAACAAGAUUUACUAGAAUGCCACAAUGAAAAAGGUCUAUUGGAGUUUAAUCGAGAUCGCCUUAUGAAUGAACUCGAAAUAGCUGAGGAUGAUAUCAUCGAUCAGAACCAAAUAAUAAAUAAUUUAAAUCAAGAAAUUUUACUGCUUCAGAAUAAUAUACAUAUAAAUAACAAUCGAACAGCCGCUGGAAUUAAUAUAGCUGUUGGGCAUGCUGAUGGAAUUCGAAUACAUGGUCUUUUUGAAACAUGCUUAAAAGCUAAUUUAGGUGCAGUUCAAGGACAAACGGCAGCCCAAUUGGGGGCACAAGUAUUAAAUCGUGCAAAUGGGCUAAAUGGUAAUAUUAUAAUUCCAACUCAUAUAAUAUUUGAUGAAGAUUGGUUUUAUGUUGAUGGUCGACCAACAGAUCUACUUUUUGGUACAACUAUUCAAGGAAGUGAUUCAGUUGGUCAUUUCUAUUCAAAAUUACGUAAACUUGCUAGACUUGCAGGUAUUGAUGAACAACAAAUUCGAUUACAAUUUCUUCGUGUUCUUUCUCUCAAUAAUCAAUUGGAAGUUCGGCGUAUUGGAAUUAACAGAUCUAUAAGUGAUUUGCGUACACAACUUGAAGAAAUCGAAAGUUAUGGUGCUUAUUUACAUUCAACUUCCAAUUCUAUAUUAACAAAAAAUUCCCGUAAUAAAGAUAAUUUUUCAGAUAAUACAGAUAAAUCUUCUCAAAUUCACGAAAGAAAAUUAUUACGUCCUAAUCAAAUGGAACUUGGUAAAAUAUAUCAUCGUCCAGAAUUACGUCUUAAUGAUCAAGAAUAUAUGAGAAUGGAUGAUGCUUUAGAUCGUCUUAGUGCUUCUACUAAACCAAAUAAUAUAUCAUUUCUACAGGCUCUUAAGGAGGUUAUUAAAGAAGAAUUGAAUGAAGCUGAUUCUGAUGAGGAGCUUUCUAAUUGCAUGAGUAAGUUAUCUAUAAAUAAAGCUAUAUCACAAGGAAUAGUGGCAGGUGUUAAUGCAGUUAAGAAAUCAUCUCAUCAUAGAUGUUCCAAUUGUAAUAAAACUGGGCACAAUUCCUGCAAUUGUCCUAGUAAGAAGAGAAAAUCUAAAAGUAAAUCCAAGAAAAAAGCUAAGUAA